CAAGCGUGGUAGAGCACGAAACGGAGGUGGACGUCUGAAAAAUUAGAGGAAGAAAAAAAAUAAUAACAAGACCCGAGGCCGUGCUGUAAUUUUGCGUUUUCAAACUGCCAGUCCAAAUCGGGCAUUUUGUGAUAAGUGGAGGAACAACAAUGGGCUGUUUCUUUUCAAAGAAAUCCAGAAGAAAAUCACCUGAAAAAGAGGAGCGCACUCCGACAACAACCACUGUUGAAACUGCGACCAGCAACGCUGUUCCCCUUGGCAAUAACACCGACGAGGCACCCAAACAGUACAGCUGGGACAAACGCGAAAAGGUUGAUCCAAAGGACUACAUGUUGUCUAAUGUCAAAGAUGCCACAGUGGGCCGUUUGCCUGGCAAACUGAAUGGGCAACAGUUUGUCAUCCAAGACUGUGAGAAUUGCAACAUCUAUGUAUUCGACCAUUCUGCGACAAUUACCAUUGAUGACUGUGUCAAUUGUCGCAUUGUUUUGGGACCUGUUAAAGGUAGUGUGUUUUUCAGAGGCUGUAAGGACAUCAAGUGUGUGGUGGCCUGCCAGCAGUUUCGAACGCGGGAUUGUAAAAAGAUGGACGUUUUCCUGUGCUGUGCCACUCAGCCCAUCAUUGAGUCAUCAACAGGCAUGAAGUUUGGCUGCUUUCAGUACUUUUACCCAGAGCUGGCUUUCCACUUCAAGGAUGCUGGGCUCAGCGUAUUUAACAAUAACUGGAGCAACAUUCAUGAUUUCACCCCUGUCUCUGGAGAGAACAACUGGAGCAUGUUGCCAGAGGCAGCAAUGGUUCUGGACUAUGUGCCAGCCCCAGAGCCUGACUCCGAGUUUAAAUCUGUGAGAAUCUCCACCGAUGCCUCACGCAGUAUUGUGCCUUUGACAAAGGGUGGGAGGCGUAAGGACAGUGAGGAGUCUUGCCUCUUUGUUUUCUUUGCAGGGGACUACGCAACUGCUAAUGCCCGUAAACUGAUUGACGAGGCAAACAGUAAGGGUUUUGUGUUGAUCCAGACCAAGGAAGUCUCUAUGCGACCUGAAGAUGUGAAGAGAGUUUUUCAGAAUAAUGCUGAGGAUCUUGGGGAAUGGAUCACCAAAGGCCCAGUCAUUGCCCUUGAGUUGAACGGGGAUGGAGUGGUUGAAGCCUGCAAGAACAUUGCCAGUGAAGUCUUCAAUGGGAACAAGGUUUUUGUUUCCGAAAACAAAAAUACAUCCUCUCGAGAUGUGGACAACUUCUUCAAUUUUGCUGACAUGCAGAUGGGCUUGUGAGUUAUUCAGAAUCAUAUCAAAUGGAACAAGAGUUUCUCUAUCAGGACCCCUCCCCCACACGCACACACACACACACACACACACACACACACACACACAGUCCAGCUAGGGUUUAUUAUAAGAAGUGUUUGAUUAUUUGCCUCCUUUUGCCUGUAUCACAAAAUCUGUAAUAAGGGAAAAUUAUAUGGAAACCUUUUCAACAAUGCCUUUUGAUAAGGAUAGGACUGUGUACUGUAGAUCAAUGAUCAGUUUAUAGAGUUGAGAUCUGUCCCUUUUCUUUUUAAAUGACUAGGAAGAUUUAAUAUUUUGCUGUAAACCACUGCACACAUACUAGGUAUUAGAGCUGUGAAUGUUUAUAUUUUCUAUGAAUGUAUUUGAUCCUUCUAUUGCUUGUAUCUGUUAUGUGAAUGUACCUUUUUACUGUAAAUGUGGUUCAUUUUGAGUCAAAGCUUUAUUCUCGUUACUCUCCGAAAGAAUCUCUUGUAGUAUGAAUGUGCGAGCGCAAGGAUGCCUGAGGGACAAAUAUUUAAUAUAUAAAUCUUUUUUUUUUCUUCCAAGGAUUUAUUUGUGUGUUUUGUUUAGAUGGUUGGGUUUGUUUUUUUUGUGUGUGUGUGUGUGCAAGAUGUGUAUAUUCAAAGUGUGCUGUGUAGGUGAUGGCUAUAUCUCUGUCAACUGCUGUGUGAACAAUAGGUCAAACUUUUUAUUGCAAAAAGUAUAUAAAAUAAUCAUUUUUGGACAAAAGUGUACCAAGUAAGAAUAUAGCUUGGAUUCUAAUGUAGGCCAUUCAUGUAAUUUUUUAAAACAUUUUUGUAAUAACUGAUCAUUUUUUUAACUUUGAAUUUAAUGCUUUUGGAUGGUAAAGCAAAUCAGUGUUCUUAAAUCAAGCAAAAGUCAGUUGUGUGUCUUUUGUUUUUUUUUAAGCCUUUUCUCACUGUACUUGUACUUGGGCUAAUUUAGAUUUUCCAAUUAUUCAUUCUGAUCCACACAAGGCUGACUAAAUGCAUAAAAUGAUCUUGAUAUUUAGGGCCGUGUAUUUGGCAUACACAAUGCAUUCAUUUGUUCACGUGUAGAGCUUAGUAGCUACAAUAAAUACUCAAUGGCAGCAAUAAUACAGGGAUAAUUGACUCAAGAUAGGAUGUUCUUCUCUUCUAGUGUAAUGUAUGGCUACAACGUUGAUGAAGCUGAGCGGCAUCAUUAUCAUUUAGAUGUUUGCUGUGAUGGUAAAACACGUUCCUUCCAGGAAUCAAGGAUUUUUAUGAUUAUCUGUCUACAUGCAGUCUAUUUGCUUUUAAUUAUGUUGGUUUAGUAAGUAAAACAAAUUAGGAGUAGGUAAAACUAGCUCAUUAGUUGUGACCUACUGGCUCAUUAGUCUUUUUUCAUAAAGCACUGCUAAAGUCUGUAAAGCCUCGUUGAUUCCCUGUUAAAACCAGCGUUCCUCCCUAUCAAGGAUGAACACAUCCUCAACCCUGAAAGAGUGGUCACUGGCCUGUUAGAUGGGUGUAGACUGGAGUCCUGGCCUGAUGUGUUAGCUCUUCUGUGUCGUGCCGUCCUCUUGGCCAGUGUUGUUUGGUUUCCCCAAUGUACAAGUCACAGCAAUCCUCCUGGCACUUAACAGCGUACACUAUAUUGCUCUGUUUGUGCCAGGGGACCUGAUCCCUGGGGUGGACCAAUUUCUGGCACAGCUUGUUUUGGGUUUUGAAAGCAACUGAGACGUGGUGUUUGGAAAUUACGCAUCUCAGCUUUUCUGGCACUCCUGCCACAUAUGGAAUUAUCACUGAUUUACGCUUAGGCAGCUGUUGUCCUCUCUUCGAUCAGCUGGUGCACUGUUUGGGAGUCUUUCUGGCUUUGACAAUCGUCCAGUUAGGCUACCCAGGGCCUGUUUAUUGUGGGAUUUCUCCCCUUCCCCAACCGCUCUGUCAGUGGGGGCCUUGUCGUGGUACAGCGUCCUGAUGACUCCUAGUUUGUGCUCCAGUGGAUGAUGAGAGUCAGACCUUAAGUACUGAUCAGUAUGUGUUGGUUUACGGUAAACAUCAACAAUCAAAUGUCCCCCUUCACCAAUUGCAAUUUCACAGUCCAAGAAGGCCAGUCUGUCAUUUUUCACAUAUUCCCUGGUGAACAUGAUGUGGUUGUCCACAGAGUUAAAGUGGUGGGGGAAAUUUGGUACGUCCUAAUUUUAACCCAGGUGUCAUCCACAAAUCUGAACAAUGGCUAGGGGGUGUCCCAGGAUAGGACAUUAGAGCCUUCUUUUCCACUUCCUCCAUAUCCACUAUAGGUGAAACUGGGGAAAUCCAUAGCACACCCAUGCUUCUGCCUGUAGUACUGGCUUCUGUAUGUGAAGUACGUGGACUGAAGACAUUGCUUCGGGAGCAGGCACACUUGGUCAGUGUUAAGGGCUAUUGCGAAGGGUGGGGCCAUUUUGUAAUUUCAUACGGACUGCCUCCACUGUUCCAUCAAUGAGAACACAUUUUUAGAGAGACAUACCAUCAUAAGAGACUGGUGUUUCAUCCUCCUCCAUAAUGAUGUCCCUCAGCUUAUCUACAAAAUCCAUAGUGUUCUGAAUAUGAUGUUCAUUACUGCCUACCAGCAAGUUAAGAAUAGAAGCAAGUAACUUAAAAGACGUUAUAGGUCACUGAGUUAAUCAUACAAACAAUAGGCCAUAAUGGCACCCCCUGUGUAUGUAUCUUGGGUGUUCAUCUUUCACCAUCUUACAAUGCUAUGAUUGCAACCAUUCCCAAAUCCUCUGUGAAUUGUACACAUUGCUAUUGAAACGCUAGUUAAUGCUCACAGCAGUUUGCAUAUGAAACUGAUCAUUUUCGGUCAUUAUGUCACUGUAUUGUCUAUAAGGGUGGGGAAACGUGCAGUCAGUUGAGACUGAAGAGGUCACUUAAAUGAGUAAUGAAACGUUUCUCUCAAUAAACGUGUCCAGAUGAACUGAUGAAACUUUCUGUGAUUUCCUUACCUGGAUUUUUGAGCAUGCAUAAGGACUGUUUGAAAUAAC